AUGGCGUGCCCUGUUGGACCAUACGACCCAUACUGUUUCGAAAGGCGAGAAUGCGCCCAUUUUUCAUUUUGCUCAAGGUAUGAUAACCAGUGCCAGUCGUGCAAAGACCACUGUUUUCGAAGCUGUUUCGAUUGGCAGAAAGGGCAACCACGCACUGUGCCCUUGAAGACAACUCUUGUGGCCACCGGAUACCCACCAGAGAAUUGGAUAAUCAGACGAUGUCGACGAAUUGAUAUCAAAUGGCCUGGAACGCCAAAAGUAGCAAACGAUGAUGAUGAGGAAGAAGAAGAAGAGGAGGAAGAGGAAGAGGAAGGGGAGGAGGAAGAAUGCGGAGAUGGCAAAGAAUGUGAGGAAAUUGUGGAAAAUCCGUGUGAAACGAGUAAAAUAGGGAACUCAGAAAAAGUGGGAAUGCAGGGAGGAACUAAUAAUGCAUCUGCAGUAUCUCCCAAUCGCGAAACAGAGAGUCCAAGUUUCAGUGAAUUGCACGUGGCAGGAGAUGGAGGAUGCGUAGAAGAUGGAUGCCUGGAGGUUCCACUAAAAAUUCCACUUGGAGAAAACAAUCUUCUUCGGGCGCAUAGUGAUAGUUAUUUGACUAAAAGGACAGAGAUGAAACUUAUAACCGAAGACCAUGACGAUAAAGGGAACAGAGAUGCGGAGGUUCAAGUGAGCAUUUGGGAAGAACAACCCCAAUCUCCAGAAAAGGGGACAGACAUUUCAGUUGGACAGUAUCCGAUCCUACGGCAGAAGCGAAGUUCGUUGAGACGAAUUCUCAGCAAUAUUUCAAGCAUGAUUAAAGCAGGUGAUUGA